AUGGACCUAUUCGUGGGGGGAAGGCUCAGUAGCGGUUGCUUGGUCUCCAACGGCGGAGUACAGAAGUUUCUAGAAACUCCCUCGUAUACGGAAGUGGACCCUGGGGAGGACGCGCUGCUCAAAUGCCGUAUAUCGGAAAAGAAGGGUGUAUGUUCUUGGCAGAAGGAUAACAAGCCGGUGGGCAUGUACCGCGGGAAAUACGACUGGGUCACCGUUCGGAGCAUAGUCAGCGGCGAUUGCUCCGUCUGGGUUCGCGCCGUGGAGCUCCAAAUAGACGACGGCGCAUGGAAGUGCCAAGUCACCGCCAGCAGCUACAAUGUGCAGGAUGCCCUUUCGAGUUCCGCAGCUCAGCUCGUGGUGCGAGCGUCCCCACGACCACCCGAGAUCCUACAUAAUGGAUCCCAUGGCCUCCCUAACUCGCUACUGAUAAUACCCGCUGGCUCCAGAACGACCUUCAUCUGUGAAGCGAAAUACGGAAAUCCGCCGGCUUACAUAGAGUGGUACUUAGACGAAAUUCGCAUCACGGCGUGGCGUCAAAAGAAUGUGUCGGAGAUGGGCCAUCCGCGAGUGUGGUCAGCCCGUUCCGUCCUGGAGUUGGAUGCGACCAAGUCGCUCCACGAGAAGCGGCUAUCUUGUCGGGCUCACCACCCUUCCUACCCAGCACCAUACUAUCGCGACGCUUCUACAAAACUUAACGUCACCUAUCCUCCUACAGUGUCUGUAGCAGGGGCAGACGAAAAACUAUCAAGCUUAGAAGAAGGAAAAAAUAACGUGAGCUUAAAUUGCAAAUUUGAUGGAAAUCCUGGAGCCUUUGCCUGGUGGAAGAAGGAUGGAGAGGUCGUUGCCACCCACCUUGCUCCUCGAAUCACAUAUGUUGGACCGAAGGCCAUCGUCAAUGCCAAUCUCCACUCACAAGUUACUCUGGAAUGUAGAGCGGAGGGCAAUCCGUUGCCAACAUACCACUGGUACCAUUACCCGGUGCCGACAUCUGUCAAUGCUUCAGAGGAAGGUUAUUUAAUAUCAUCCGAGUCACGUCUUCAGAUAUUCAAUGUUUCGUACUCUGAACGCGGUCGAUACGUUUGCGUCGCGCAAAAUGUUAUUGGACUGCUGGAAAGGACUCACCGCUCAGAAGCAGUGAAUCUAAACGUCCUAGGCCCGCCCGUUAGUCCGACGACCGGACCAGCUCAUGGUUGGUGCGGCAGCGAAGCCAGCAUACGAGCUACUGCAUGCGCUAAUCCACCACCAAAAGCGGCCUUUUGGACUUGGAACAGCGUACUUUUGGCCGUACCAGCGGAAACUGAGACUGCGCGCGUUGCUCCACUAAUCGCCACUGCGCUGACCUUCGGCGGACUUCUAGUGCUGCUCCUGUGCUUAGUAUUACGACGGAAAAGAGGUAGAGGCAACGUCUACGGAAAC